UGUUCCAGCCAGGAAAUGUUCUUCACUGCUGCUCCACAUACAGCAGGAGGACAGACCUGAUAACAGACACACAGGCCGCUGAGCAGCUCCACACGAGCCCGUGGACAGGAUCUCUUCAGUGCUUUGGUGUAAACAGAGGGCGUGGCCGACACCGGAAGCCCUUUCGGUUUACUCACUUUACCGCUGGGGACCGUUGCGACCAGACUGUUUUCUUUCACUGGCGUCUUUUAUUCGGUGAAAUGUCCAGGUCAGACUACCCGCCAGUGUAUGAUGACUCCCGGGGCCCGCUGUAUGCACCUCAGGGUGGCAAUUACCCACCACCCCCUGCGUACGGCUUCCCUGGGUUUGGGGGUCCCCCGCCAGGCCAGCCCUCCGCUCCCUACCCCACCGGUCCAAACGCCCCUCUGUAUCCUGGCCAGCCCGGCGGCUAUCCUCCCGGCCCGUACCAAGGACAGCCUCACCACGGUGGGCCCCCGGGAGCCGGCUACCCCAGUCCCCCUCCCAUGCCCCCUAUCAUGCCGCCUACCAUUCCAUCAGACAUGCUGAGCUCUGGUGAUGAGUUUGCGGCGAGCGGCAGCAACUGGGACAGCCUGAGCAUUCGGCACGCCUUCAUAAGAAAGGUGUACUUGAUUUUGGCGGCUCAGCUCCUCGUCACCACGUCCAUUGUGGCCGUAUUCACAUUCGUCCAACCUGUCAGAUCUUUCGUACGGAGAAACCAAGCUAUCUACUGGGCGUCAUAUGCCGUGUACUUCAUCACCCACCUCGUACUGGUCUGCUGUAAGGGCCCCCGGAGGAAGUUCCCAUGGAACGUCCUUCUGCUGUCCAUCUUUACCCUGGCUUUGUCCUACAUGACUGGAUCCAUUUCCAGCUAUUACGAAACAAAAGCUGUGUUUCUCGCUCUGGGGAUCACUGCCGUCGUCUGCAUCUGCGUCACCGUCUUCUGCUUCCAGACAAAGGUGGACUUCACCAAGUACCAGGGCCUCUUCUGUGUGCUUGGGAUCGUGGUGUUUGUGACUGGCAUCAUUUCAACCAUUGUGCUGUCAUUCAAAUAUAUGCUGUGGCUUCACAUGCUCUACGCAGCUAUAGGGGCCAUUGCUUUCACCAUGUUCCUGGCGUACCACACACAGCUGCUGUUGGGGAACAGGAAGCACUCCAUCAGUCCAGAGGAGUAUGUGUUCGCAGCGCUCUCCCUCUACGUCGACAUCGUCCAGAUCUUCCUCUUCCUGCUGCAAAUUAUCGGCGCUUCGACCAAAUAAUUGGACCCGGCGGUUACACGACCAAUGUGGGUCAACAGGGCGCAGACCAGCGCCUGCAAAAACCAUUCCGUGCUUUUUUUUUUUUUUUUUUUUUUUUAAUAUAAACCUUUUGCUUUGUUUUCAGUCGAAUCAGAGAAGAUUCAUAACGCACUCCAGUGAAAAUGUUUAAGGGCUGAAUUUUAAAUGUUGUCACAGGUUACUGCACUUUUCAGUGGUUUGAACAGAAUAUUAAUACUACAAUAUAAAUACAGCCGAUGCAUAUAGACACUAACAUGCUAGCUGCAAUGUUUAUUCACUCUUGCUGGACUUAAGUUAAGACAAAUGUUUUUCUCUGCAUGUAGAUGUAUAUACUGUUAUACAUGAACUGGGGGUGCGACUGUAGAAAUGUUGAGAAAACAGGCAAUCAAACUCAAAAUGUGCCAACUCGGUUCACCACAAAUGUGGUUUGUCUGAAGGUAGAAAAUCUGCCGACCAGCUCUUCUAAAGCUCUCCGUCACAUGUAUAAGUAUACAAACAUCAUUUUUAGGGCCCAACGGCCAUUGGAAGAGGAUCCUGUUAUUGUUGUUAUUUUUCUGCUCCACAGUCGUAUUCUUGGAGAGCUUGGGAUGCACAAAAACUCACGGAAAUUGUCACUCACUUCAGAACUGGCAAAAAUCGCAAAGUCCUGCAGUGGUUGCGCUCGGGCGCGGCCAGCGGACUCCAUAGCGCAAACGCAAGCUGGGGUUGCAUGAUGUAUAAUAAUUGCGAAUUCUCAAGCACCACGUAGUGGACACCGGAGGGGGUUACAAAUGUGCAAUGCAUCAUUUCCAGAGCCACACAGGAAACACCGUCUAACUCAUUCGUGCAGUGUUUGGCGUGCACAGCCCCCGUACACCAGAAGUGUCGAGUGCCUGUUCAUCGCCGCUCAGGUUUUUGCACAUUUAGUGUGUAUAAAGUGUUAAUCAAUGAGCUUUACAGGUGCAGGUUAUGUUACCUUUGGACAGAACCAGACUAAUGGUGUCCCCCUCUUUCUGCUUGCUGUAGCUUCAUAUUAAGCGUACAGACAUGUGAGUGGUAGUGAUCGCCUCAUCUCACUGUCAGCGUGAAAGUGAAUCCGAAUAUUGAACUAUUCCUUUUAAUUGUAUGCAUGUUAGAAGGCAAAACAGGCGUUAAUGUUAAACACCAGUUGUGGUAAUCUCUGCGAGCGUGCACACAGCAGCAUCGAUACACUAAUAAGGCCGCACUAAGAACAGUGUUUGUGUUUAAAAUGUGAUUUUACAUGAUGUAAUAUUUGGUAUUGAUCCUCAUGACACCAGUACGGAUACUCAAAUGUAGACUUAAUAUCGUCAGUAUUGAUACAGCUCAGUACACCUGGUGACAGCUUCAUAUUAACGAGCCUUUGCUGGUGGUUUAAUACAUGCUGCUAUAUUGUAGCUGUAUACGUUCUACAUCACGACAGUGCCUUCAAAAUGACUGUUUCUGGAUUAGAGUUUUUUCACUUUCAGAACUACAGGGUUGUACCCAUCAGGCUUUUCUAGCAUUGUUACAUAUUGAGUCUGUUUCUAUAUUUCAUGUUGCAGUUAAAUCUGGGUCAGAUACUGAGGGUAUUUUUUCAUACAGGACAACACAACCAAUGCCAGGGUGUUGCAUUAGUGGAGCAUUCCUGAAAAGUCAGUGAGUUCCAGCUAGUGAGGCAUUGUCCAAAAGCUCCGAAAUGUUCAACCCAGCUGGUCCUCUGUUCAUAUUCAUCACAAGUAUAGACUCGUGUUACAUACGACACUUGACUCAAAACAACUGAGGCAGACGUUUUGAAUGCGCCGCACGGAUGGUGGGCUGUUUGUAAAUAUACAUAUCUAUGAUGAGGAUUUUUUUUUUUGCCUUUUCAUGUCAAAUAAACAUUUAUAUUUGUGAGUUUUCACGUGAUUUAUAUGCAUUUGUACCAGUAAUGAUUCUUGAUUCCUAAAAUAUACAUUUAUUUCUUGUAUUAUAUUUAUAGAACUUCAGCAUUAAGGCUUAAUACAUAUGUGAGCGUUCUACACAUGUAAUGUUCAACUUUAACAGGAUACUCCAUCUUUGUUCGUGAGCAAGAAGAAAACUGUUGUGAUUAAAGGCUCGGUCUCAAACA